AUGGCCGUGUACCGCGUGUGUGUGGGCACUGCUCCCUACCUGAUGGCCGGCACACUGGACAUUUUUGUCACACUGGUGGGCACAUGUGGUGAGAGCCCCAAGCGGCGGCUGGAUCGCGUGGGCAGGGGCUUCGCCCCUGGCCAGGUGCAGAAGUACAAGGUACGCUGCUCAGAGGAGCUGGGUGAGCUCUUGCUGCUGCGGCUCCACAAGGAGCGCUACGCUUUCUUCCCCAAGGACUCCUGGUACUGCAGCCGUAUCUGCAUCACUACCCCUGGUGGUACUCUUUGCCACUUUCCCUGCUAUCAGUGGAUUGAGGGCUACUGCACCAUAGAGCUUCGACAAGGAACAGGUGGAACUAUUUGUCAGGACUCCCUUCCCCUCCUUCUGGAUCACAGGAAAUGGGAACUCCAGGCCUGACAGGAAUGCUACCGCUGGCAAGUCUACGCCGCCCCUGGCUUCCCCGGCAUUGUAGGCGUCAGCAGCUUUGAGGAGGUGGAGUCAGAUAAGAAAUUUGCUUUGAUCAAGAGGGUGCCUUGUGCAGACCAGGGCGACAGCAAUGAGAAUAGGUACCGGCCUGGCUUUCCCAUGAAAACUGACAUCCCGUCCUUGCUGUCCAUGGAACCCAAUAUUUGCUACUCGGCCACCAAGACAACCUCGCUGCUCUUCAACGCCAUCCCUGCGUCCCUGGGCAUGAAGCUUCUGGGUCUGCUGGACCGCAAAGGCUCCUGGAAGAAGCUGGAUGACAUCCGGAAUAUCAUGUGUUGCCACAAGACCUUCACCUCAGAGUACGUCACUGAGCACUGAUGUGAAGACCACUUCUUCGGAUACCAGUACCUGAACGGUGUCAAUCCUGUCAUGCUCCACUGCCUCUCCAGCUUGCCCAGCAAGCUGCCUGUCACCAAUGACAUAGUGGCCCCCUCGCUGGGACCAGGCACCUGCCCGCAGACAGAGCUAGAGAGGGGGCACAUCUUCCUAGCGGACUACUGGAUCCCGGCAGAGGUCCCCAUCCAUUGCAUAAACGGCCGCCCGCAGUACGCAGCCUCCCCACUCUGCCGGUUGUGGCUCAACCCCCAGGGGGCGCUGGUGCCCUUGGCCAUCCAGCUCAGCCAGACCUCCGGGCCAGACAGCCCCAUUUUUCUGCCCACUGACUCCGACUGGGACUGGCUGCUGGCCAAGACGUGGGUGCGCAACUCGGAGUUCCUGGUGCACGAGAACAACACGCACUUUUUGUGCACGCAUUUGCUGUGCGAGGCCUUCGCCGUGGCCAUGCUGCGUCAGCUGCCGCGCUGCCACCCCAUCUACAAGCUCCUGCUUCCGCACACUCGCUACACGCUGCAGGUGAACACCGUCGCACGCGCCACGCUGCUCAAACCAGAGGGCCUUGUGGACAAGGUCACGUCCAUCGGGAGGAAAGUCCUCCUCUACCUCAUGAGCACCGAUCUGGCCCACUUGACCUACACCAAUUUCUGCCUUCCAGACAGCCUGCGGGCCCGCGGCAUCCUGGAUACCCCCAACUACCAUUACCGAGACAACGGCCUGAAGGUCUGGGUGGCCAUUGAGAGUUUUGUCUCAGAAAUCGUGGCCUACUAUUACCCCAGUGAUGCAUCUGUGCAGCAAGAUUCGGAGCUGCAGGCCUGGGUUGGAGAGAUCUUUGCUCAGGAGUUCCUGGGCCAGGAAAGCUCAGGCUUCCCAUGUAGGCUGUGCACCCCGGGAGAGCUGGUGAAGCUCCUCACCGCAGUCAUCUUCAACUGCUCCGCCCAGCACGCCGCCGUCAACAGCGGGCAGCAUGACUUUGGGGCCUGGAUGCCCAAUGCCCCAUAAUCCAUGAGGCAGCCCCCACCGCAGACCAAGGGGACUACCACCCUGAAAAGUUACCUAGACACCCUCCCGGAAGUGAACACCACCUGUAACAACAUUCUCCUCUUCUGGUUGGUCAGCCAAGAGCCCAAGGAUCAGCGGCCCCUGGACACCUACCCGGACGAGCACUUCACCGAGGAAAGGCCACUCCGGAGCACCGCCAUCUUCCAGAGCCGCUUGGCUCAGAUCUCGCGAGACAUCCGGAGCGAGCGGGGGCCUGGAGUUGCCCUAUACUACCUGGACCCUCCCCUCAUCGAGAACAGCGUCUCCAUUUAACCCCUUCCUCCUACCACCCGGAAAGCCCA